CUGGCUGUUAAACAGAGCUGUGGCAGGUGGGAUUGCUGGAGCCCGUCACUUUCUCUCCUCUCUUUCUCUCUCUCUCUCUCGCUCACUUGUUCCUCAUCUCUCAGUGUGCCCUUAUUCACUUCUGUGUAUGGGCAAAGCGGGAUAACAUGGACACUUUGGGUGUUUUUAUGCUUCUAAUACUUCUCUUUUUCCAGUGGACGGCUGCCCUUGCUCCUGAGGAAAUCACCUGGACCUACACUGGCUUAGUGGGCCAGAGUGAGUGGUCAGAGUAUUUCCCAGAUUGUGGUGGUACCUCACAGUCUCCGGUUGAUGUGAUAACCACCCAGGCUAAAUACGACCCCAGUUUGAUCCCUGUGACUCCACUGGGCUACAGCCAGCACCGCAACCAGCCCUUCACUAUGUACAAUAACGGACACACAGUGGUGAUUGAACUGCCAGAAUGGAUGGGACUCGAGGGGCUGCCGUGGCUCUUUACAGCCGUACAAAUGCACCUCCACUGGGGCAAUGACGGCCCAAGUCCUGGAGGCAGUGAACACACCAUUAACGGACUGAGUGCAGAUGCAGAGCUCCAUGUGGUGCACUACAACUCUGAGCUCUACCCAAACAUGUCUGCUGCGAUGACCCAGAAAGACGGUUUGGCUGUUUUAGGAAUUCUCAUUGUGACAGGUGAGGAGACAAACCCGGCAUUUAACAACAUCCUCAACUACCUGAGUCGCAUCAGACACGCAGACCAGAAAGCGUUCAUCCCGGCCUUUGACGUCCAGUCUUUGCUUCCCGAGGAUCUUGGGCGAUACUAUCGAUACAACGGCUCCCUGACAACACCGCCAUGCCACCAGAGUGUUAUCUGGACCCUUUUCCAUGAAAGGGUUCAAAUCUCAGUAGCCCAGCUGCUGAAGUUGGAGAAGCUUCUUUACUCCAGUAAAGCUGAAGAACCAUACAGGAUGCUGCUGCAGGACAACUACCGUGCAACACAGCCACUCAACCACAGAGUCAUCUUCACCUCUUUUUCUGCAGAAUCGGGGAAGGAGCUCUCUUCUGGAGAAGUAACAGCCAUAGUGAUAGGAGUGAUGUGUGGCUGUGUAGGCCUGGCGGUUAUCGUUCGCUUCAUCGUGAAGACAAUACGAUUUUUUAAACUCCUCCAAUUUGAAGCUGUCGUGGUAAACAGCUCUACCUCUAGCUGGGAUGUCCUGCACAAUAACCGGCCUGCUCCCAUGCCAAGGACAAAUGAUUCAGAGAAGGAGAAAGAGAAAAAACAAGACAUGGCUAUGAACUCGACUUCAGAAGCAGAAAAGAAAGAAGAGCCCUCGCUGUCACCUCAGAGUGUGCCCUAGCUCACAGCGACGUCAAACACUGUCCCUCUCAUCAGUGAGUUUAUUGCUGAUCCACAUCUCCUCAAGGGAGAGGAAGCAACAUCUUUUUACUUAAUCAUUUACAAAACGCUAAAAGAAGAAGAAGAAGGAGCAGCUUAUAAAAAAAGCGAAGGGACUUGGACACAGGAGAAGCCACCUGCUGCCUGGACCAUUUCUGUCUGGUGUAUGACAUUUCCUCAGUUUGCACAGGGAGCAGUUGGUGUAAAUAUGCAGUUUUGCUGGGGGGUUUUUUUUUCAGGUAUGGCUCAUGCGUGGCUGGAAUAUAUGACUCAUGUAAAUACUUUGGGGGAUAAAUAUUCUGUUGUUUUUAUCACAGUUGGGCGGUAUUUUAUCUCGUUCACUUUGUUCUUUGAACUGUAAGCACACGUCACUAUGUGAAAUGUAACAGACUUUUUUAUUGGCACAUUAAUAAUCUUAAUUAAAAUUAUUUUAUUUUUCACUAAAACCUAAGAAUUGAAGAAAAUUUGAUAACAACGCACACGAGAGUUGAAGCAGGUUGGAUUUGUAUAAAAUAGACGAGAUCAGAACAUUUCUGGCUCUGAACUGAGAUCAGCAGAUUUUGUUGUAAAUCAGUUUUAUUUAUGUGCAUUUAGUUAUUCGAUUGAGGGUUUGGGUGCUAUACGUCCUCUUUAUGUGUUUGUUUUCAUCUAACUUGUCAGCAUGGACACUACAUUAAAACACGUGAAUGUCAAA